AUGUCCGGUCGUGGAAAAGGUGGCAAGGGUCUCGGCAAGGGUGGUGCUAAGCGCCACCGCAAGAUCUUGCGUGACAACAUCCAGGGUAUUACCAAGCCCGCUAUCCGCCGUCUCGCUCGCCGUGGUGGUGUCAAGCGUAUCUCCGGUCUGAUCUACGACGAGACCCGCGGUGUCCUCAAGCUCUUCCUUGAGAGCGUCAUCCGUGACUCGGUCACCUACACUGAGCACGCCAAGCGCAAGACUGUCACUUCGCUUGACGUCAUCUACGCGCUCAAGCGCCAGGGCCGCACCCUCUACGGUUUCGGCGCGUAA